CACUUUCGCCUGUCUCCUUCUCACAUGCUCCCAGAGAUGCUGGGACUGCAUCCUGCAUCCUUCUGCUUUUCCAGACCUGAGACUUCACACACUGCUGUAUCCCUUGAGAAGUCUCAGUGAGGUCAAGACAGCCCCAGACAAGUAAACAGGGGCUGCUCAACCCCAAUGUUGAGGAAGCAGAAGUGCUUACUCCAAGUCAAGGACCUUUCAGCUUUCAAUGCUCUACCAGAAAGGACAUGAACAAGAGCCAUGGGGGAGCACAGGUGGGACAACUGACACUAACUGGCCAACAUGAUAUCCCACACCACAGAACAUCAUCCUUAGAAUAUUAACUAGGUGGAGAUGGACAGACAGAACUAAUCACUGCUCAGGGACAGGCUGAGCAUCACUCAGCAGGUGAAAACCUUGGACUAGAGAUAAGACCAUUCCCAAAAACAUAUUUCUAGCAGCUCCCACAUCCAGUCAUCCAGUCUGGGCUUGAGGCUGAAUCAAGACCAUGAAGUGUCUGCUGCUUCUUGCCUUCAUUGGGGUGGCUGUUGCCUUCCCCACCUUUGCUGAAGAUGAUGAUGACAAGAUUGUGGGAGGCUACACCUGUGCAAAGAACGCUGUGCCCUAUCAGGUGUCCCUGAAUUCUGGAUAUCACUUCUGUGGAGGCUCCCUCAUCAGCAGCCAGUGGGUCCUGUCGGCUGCUCACUGCUACAAAUCUCGCAUCCAAGUGCAGCUCGGGAAACACAACCUGGAACUCACCGAAUCCACCCAGCAGUUUAUCAACUCUGCUAAAGUCAUCCGCCACUCUGGCUACAGCCCCUACACCCUGGACAAUGACAUCAUGCUCAUCAAGCUGUCCACCCCAGCCCAGCUCAACAAUGCUGUCCAGACCAUUCCUCUGCCCUCCAGCUGCGCGGCCGCCGGCACCACCUGCCUGAUCUCCGGCUGGGGCAACACUCUCAGCAGUGGCUCUAACUACCCAGACCAGCUGCAGUGCCUGAAGGCUCCAAUCCUCCCUGCUGCCGACUGCUCUGAAGCCUACCCUGGGCAAAUUACCAAGAACAUGAUUUGUGUGGGAUUCCUGGAGGGAGGCAAAGACUCCUGCCAGGGAGAUUCCGGCGGUCCCGUGGUCUGCAAUGGACAGCUCCAGGGCAUUGUUUCCUGGGGUAUUGGAUGUGCCCAGAGGGGCUAUCCCGGAGUUUACACCAAGGUUUGCAACUACGUCUCCUGGAUCCAGUCCACCAUCGCCGCCAACUGAGACGCUCAUGUGGUGUGACCUGUAUUUUCUCAUCAUCAUUCCUGUUCUUUUGGAUUCGGACAAGCAAAAAACUAUGAAAAAAUUAAUAAAGACUUUCAGGCACCCCUA